AUGACUUUCUUUCUUUCUUUACUUUUUUCUUUCUUUCGUUUUUCUUUUUUCUUUCUUUCUUUCUUUAUUUUUUAUUUCUUUAUUUUCUGUUUGUUUCUUUGUUGUUUCUUUUUUCUUUUUUCUUUCUUUCUUCUUUUCUUUCUUUCCUUCUUUUUGUUUCUUUCUUUUUCAUUCUUUCCAUCUUUUUCGUUCUUUUCUUUCUUUCUUUCUGUUUUUAAUUUUUCAAAUUUUUGUUUCUUUCUUCUUCUUUCAUCCUACAUUAAUAGAUCACUUCCUUUCUUCCUUCAUUUUCCUUCUUCUUCUUCUUGUUCUUAUUCUUGGAAUAAAAUUUCUUUCUUUCUUUCUUUCUUUCUUUCUUCACCCUUAAAAUUUCUUUCUCUCUUUUUCUUUUCUCUAUCUUUGACAGAUCCAUUUCUUUCUUUCUUUCUUUCUUUCUUUCUUUCUUUCUUUCCCAAUUUUUCCUUCUUCUACUUUUCCUUCUACAUUUCAUUACAACAGAUUUAUUUUUCACCACUUUCUUUCUUUUUUCUUUAUUUUGCCUUCUUUAUUUCUCCACUUUCUCGUUCCUCUCUGCGCUUCUUCUUAUCUUAUAUUAAUGGAGAAUUUAUCCUUUCUCCUUACAUCAAUUUUUUCUUCGCUAUUUCGAAGCUUUUCUCUUCUUUCUUUCUUUUUUUCUUUCUUUCUUUCUCACUCAUAAUGAACAUUUUUACUAAUAUCUUUUUCCUUCUCUUCUUUUACUUGUUGUUUUCCCUUCCAGUACGAUGUCAAAGUUAUUUUCUUUCCAUCAAAAAAAUUUCUGAUUUUCAUUGCUGUCCUCAUUUUUUUUCUUUAUUGGUUUCUAUCUAUUUAGCACACGUCUUUUUAAAUUAUCUCUCUCCACUUUUUUUCUCAUUCGCUUUCCUUUUUUCCCUUAUUUCUUCUACAAUUUCUUUUUUCUUUUCCUUCUUUUAUCUCUGUUCUCAAAACCUUUCUUACUUAUAUAUUUUUCUUUCAUUGAUUUUCGUUCGUUCUUCUUUAUCCUUCUUCUUAUUCUUCUUCUUUAUUAAUCAUUCCUCUCAUCCUUCUUCUUCUUCUUCUUCUUCUUUAUUAAUCGUUCCUCUGCCCUUCUUCUUUUUCUUUAUUUAUCAUUCCUCUCAUCCUUCUUCUUCUUCUUCUUCUCUUCUUCGUCAUCUAUAUUAA